AUGAAUGAUCCUUCAAGUUCGGCUACGGGACUUGCGUGGCUUUGGGUCAUUGAGUACCUAGCAAGUUUUCCAGAAAUAGAGUCCUUGAUUUUACAUGACUUGAUUGAGGCGGCUUCAGAAAUACCUGAUGGUUUGGGGAAAAACACGAGGGAAAUGGUCGCGUUGAGAUGCUUAGAGGAUUUGUUCUGUCGUUGUAAUGGAAUCACGAAUGAUGUUCCUUCUAAAGAACCAAAAGUCACAUUUGAUUUGUCAGAGAGUUGCGUAGAUGUACUUCAAUCUAUACUGCAUGAGACAUCAGUAUCAGAUUUGAAAAGGGGUGGACCAGAGCAAUUGAAAUGGGAUAUUCACCCUUUCAUUAUGCAUAAAAGAGCUUCUAUGCCUAAAUGCGCUUUAGAGAAGGUGAAAGAUGCAAUCCUUGAGGGAAUUCAUCCAUAUGCCUUACUGAAGGAAUAUAGUGGACUGGUGAAUGCAAAUGAUAGGUGUAACAGAAUUUCUGCGGAUUAUGGCAACCUUGGUCUACCCGCUGGGAGGAUUGAUGAGAGUGACACUAAUGGACAAAUUAAUGCUCCUGAAGAAAAUUUGAUUCCUUUGCUGGUUGAAAAUGAGAAUGGAGUAGUGGAGGACAAUUCACUUAGCAGGAACCCAUUGAACUUUAAGAGGGAUAGAAGUGGUUUGAUUAGUGAAAAUCUGUCUGGAGACUGUGAAGACCAAGAUCGUGUUGAUGACGGUCAUCAUCUUCAUCCACAAGCCAAGAGGCUCAAGCAAGAUGCCUUACGUGACUAUCAGUCUUUGGAACAAAUUUCAACUCCUCCUCCACAGCACAUGGACUUGGUAGAAGAUUCAUUUGACCGAGUGAUUGGGGAUUCUGAAAACAAAAAUUGCCAUGUGGAAGAAAAAACUUCACAAGGUGGAUUCGAAGGAAGCAGGUCUGUAGAGAAUGAUCAUGAUGAAUGUGUCAGUAUGGAUAGGCACGGGCAAAGUCUUGAUACUGAUAAUGCAUUCCACUAUAAUCAGCAUGAGAUUGCUCACAAUGCCAACAAAAAGCCACAGUAUAUGUUUGGGGAUGGACUCCACCUGUACCGCGUAGUGGAUAAAAUCAAUGAUGCUGAACCUAGAUUAUCAAACACUGCACCAUCUGUAGGAGCCCCAGAUAAAGUCUUUGUUAAUGAAAACAAAGAUAACUCUGAUCUUAUUGGUCAACUAAAACCAUCAAAUAUUGUAUCCUCGAAUGGAUUUCACCAGAAUGAUGAUACUGAUGAAAGAGAAGGUGGCAUAGACCAUCUAUCUGAAGAAGACGAGUCAGAUGAGAGUGACAAAUAUGAGCAUGAGAGUGUUGAUGUCGGUUUAAAGAAGAGUCAAUUCCUGAGCUCUCAAUGCACAUUAAGUCAUGAUUUCCUGGCAGCUGCUAACUGGACAGAUCAAAAUCUUUGUAUAAAAUGCAGCAAAGAUGGUCAGUUGUUGGUUUGUAAUGCUGGUGGUUGCCCAUUGGCAGUUCAUGAGAACUGUUUAGGUUCCUUUCCACAUUUUGAUGAGAGGGGAGACUUUUACUGCCCUUUCUGCGCAUAUUCUCUUGCUAUUCCAGAGUACCUUGAAGCUAAGAAAAAGGCCUCUUUGGCAAGGAAGGAACUGAAAGUAUUUAUUGAAAUGUGUCAGGAGUAUCACUCAAACAAACAUACACAGAGAGUAGAUAGCAAAAGACACAGCAGCUCAAGACAGAAUGGAGACGAGGAUCUGCUUAAUAAAUUUCAUGAAAAUGAGAAUUUGGUAGGAAAAAAAUGCAAUCGAGUUAAUACUCGAGGUCAUAUAUCUGAAGGUAAUGAUCAUCAAUGUCAGCAAAGAAAAGGGAAGGAGAAGCUAGUAGAGCCUUCGGCAUCAUGUAUUGGUGUUAAUUCUGUGUGUAGAGAAGAGGAGCCUGAUGUAAAUGUAGGGACUAAUCAUAUAUCUAAUGGAGAAAAGGAAGGGGAGGAGAUGCUUCGAGAGAACUCAUAUGGAACUGGGCAUGACAGAAACCAAAACCAACUUUGCGUUGAUUCUGAUGACAGUGAUGACGAUCAAUUGCGUAAAGAAAAAGAGAUUGUCUCUGGAAACCAGACAAAAGAUGGACAAAGACAGAAAGCUAUUUGUGCCACCAACAUCGAUGGAGGAGAAACCUCUGAUGAUGAAAAUGACAAGUCAAUAACUUCUAAUUACUUCAUAAGAUUCCGAAAGAUAGAGAAACGACAUACAUACCCUGCAAUGCCUCAAAUGAGGCGGAAAAAGGUUCCUUGGACAGCUCAGGAGGAGGAGAUACUCAAGGAGGGAUUGCAGAAAUUUUCAAGUGACGGAAAAUUUGCAUGGAAAGACAUUUUGGAGUAUGGUAGUUCUGUAUUUUUUAAUGGCCGCACAACAAUAGACCUUAAGGAUAAAUGGAGGAACAUGUGCAAAAGAAGCAUGAAACUUGUUGGUUGGGUCAUGAGCACAUGUGAUCCAAUAUGGGACGAUGCGUAUUGUUAUCACCCAACAUUUAGCUUUCAAUAUAAAGCCAGCGCAGUGGUACUUGACCCAGAAGAAAGAGAGGAAGGGAGAGGAGAGCAUGGGCAUGGGAUAAAGGUGAGAGUCUCGGGAAUCAGAAAAUCUCCACUGAAACCAUGGAAGAAAGGUCCAACAAGAGGCAAAGGUGGUCCUCAAAACGCCAUGUGUGAGUACCGAGGGGUUCGUCAAAGAACAUGGGGCAAAUGGGUGGCAGAAAUCAGAGAACCUAAGAAGAGAACCAGACUAUGGCUGGGUUCUUUUGCUACGGCGGAAGAAGCUGCCAUGGCUUAUGAUGAGGCUGCAAGGAGACUGUAUGGACCAGAUGCUUAUCUUAACCUACCUCACCUUCAGUCUAACUUUAAUCCUCUAAACAAAUCACAGAAGUUCAAAUGGAUUCCUUCCAAGAACUUCAUUUCCAUGUUUCCUUCUUGUGGGUUGCUUAAUAUACAUGCACAGCCUAGCGUUCAUGUCAUCCAUCAGCGGCUCCAAGAACUCAAGAAUAAUAGGCCCCUUAAUCAAUCCUCUGUUGCUUCCAGUUCUUCUUCAUCUGAAUCCAGGGCCGAAGUUAUGAUUGUAAGAGACGAAAACCAUGUUGCAAACCUUGCCGCAGCAGAGAAAGAUGUGGAAACAUCAUCAGAGAAGAUGCUACUGAGAAAUCAUGACGAGAAACCACAGAUUGACCUAAACGAGUUCCUUCAGCAGCUGGGCAUACUGAAAGAAGAGAAACAGCCAGAUAGCAAUGAUGUCGAUGAAUGCUUCACGGCACCAGAAUCUUCACAAAACAAUCAUAAAGAACUUACAGCCUUGGCAGACAAGAGUUUCAAUUGGGAUUCACUGAUUGAAAUGCAUGGGACUGCAGAUUAUCAAGGAGCAGAAUUGAAUAGUUUCCCAGUUUAUGACAUCCAAGAAGAGCUGGCUUUCCCAACUUCCAUUUGGAACUUCUAG